AUGUACAAACUCGUCGCCUUGUUCGCUCUGUUGGCCUGCGCCGUGGCUGCACCAACGCCAGGUUUCCUGGCUGCACCAGCACCGGUGGUCGCCGCGGCACCCCUUGCCGUGGCCCACACCGUUCCUGUCGCCACCAGCUACGCCAACACCUACAAAGUCAGCGUCAAGAGCCCGCUGAUCGCCACUGCACCCUACAUCCACGCUGCACCCAUUGCUCCGGUAGCCACCGCCGCCUUGGUCAAGACUUCCGCUCCGAUCGUCGCAGCUGCACCAGCCGCUACUGUCUACGCUCACAGCCCGAUCGUAGCCGCCGCUGCCUACACAUACUGA